AUGGCUGCGAACAAGAGAUUAUACCUUGCCGGAGACAAAAUCCCAGCUUAUUUUUCUGUGAGUUUAGGCUGUUGUCCAUAUACCUCACACUUGAGUAGAGCUGCUGGAUUAGAGUUAAAAAAAAGAAGAGAGUCAAAGAAGAGAGUUACUUCCCCCGAAGUAGCUAAGUGGGUUUUAAAUAAAGAAGCGAGACAAGGAGUUGCGUUUGGAAACAUCAAAACGCACAAAACAGGCGACCCGCUUAGACUUAUUACAUCUUGUUGUGGAACGGCAAUUGAAAACUUAUCGGCCUUUACUGAAUUUUGUUUACAACCACUUGCCCGCAAAUUACCAUCGUUUAUUAAGGACACCACUGAUCUGCUUAACAAAAUAGAAAAUCUUAACAAAAGCGGCCCCUUUCCAACUGGCACCUCACUGGUCUCGUGGAACGUGGUUUCAAUGUUUUUUAACAUUGAUAACAAACUCGGCCUCACAGCAAUAAGGAAGGCUUUGAAUGCUAGAGAAAACAAAUUUCCAUUCACGACUUGUAUUUUAGAAGCUGUAAAAAUUUGUUUGAAAAGCAACCAUUCUGUUUUUAAAGAGAAUUUCUUUCUUCAAAUCCAUGGCACAGCUAUGGGUCCAAAGAAUGCUUGUAGCUAUGCCGAUCUAGCCAUGGGCGAAAUUGAUCUCAAAGCUAAGUUUUCUCGUCCGAUAAAGCCGUCCUUAUGGUGGCGAUAUCGAGACGAUGUAUUUGAUCUUUGGCAGCAAGGCCUUCCUGUCCUACAUCAAUUUACUGAUUACAUUAAUUCUCUGUACCCUACCAUUAAAUUUGAGUUAGUUUUUUCUGAGCGUGAGCUUCACGUACUUGAUCUUACUUUAUACCUUAUCGAUGGAUUUAUUAGGACAGACGUCUAUUCCAAACCUAUUCCAAAGUAG